AUGGCUCCACCGACGAAAAAUGUUCGCGCCAAAACCACACCAAGACCUUCAACAGUCAAUGUUCCUAGUACAAGUCGAAAAGCUGUUCCGAGCAAAGAUAAAGUGGUCGCUCGUGCAAAAGUCAAUAAAAAUACCACAGUAAUCGGCAGUAGCGACAUAACGAUAUGUAAAUCGGAAGGUUCCAUGCCAGAUUUUGACGCUGAAUAUCGCCAAAUUGCAUACGGGAAAUUUUUGCGUGCCAUGUUGGAAGAUUGUCUUGUUGAAGAGAAAAUUGAAAGAGAAGAAACUCAAAUGGACAUACAAAUGGCACAAUUGGGUAACCGAUUCCAGAAAACUAUGGAUAUAUUAGAUAAAACAAACAGGCGGUUGAAAGAUAUUAGUUUUGUUGUUGAACAAAAAAGAUUAUUAAAUUUGAAAAACCAGGAUUGCUCAACAUUUUAUAACAUGGCAGAUAAUUCUAGCGUUGAAGACAUUCUAAAUAACUUAAAAAUUACCGAAGAAAGCUGUCUAGAUAAAUUGGAAACCAAAAAUGUAGAUUUUGGGUAUAAUAAUGAAUCUGGUCAUAGACAAUUGUUAGACGCAGUCAAUGAAGCCAUUGAAGGAUUGGAACAGAUUAAAAAACACUCAAAUUUAGAUAUAGAUAAAUUUAAAGAAUAUGAAAAAUCUCAUGUUAACUUAAAUGAUAUUGAAAAAGACAGAUUUGAUUUAGAAAGCUUAAAGUCUGAAUUGGAAAUGAAGUUUCCGAAAUUCAGUGAAAAGUUAUUGAAAGAGGUGUCCGAGAAAAUUGCCUCUGUCAUGGAUAAUGAUGAUGAA